AAAUAUUAUCUUACUUAAAAAGGGGUAGAAAACAUCAUGCGUCUCUCCUCCCCCAACUCCCGAGUAUCUAUAUAGAAUUAUAGAUGGUGUUGUCAGCAGCGGUUUGUUUGUUCUCGCUGUGUGUCUCCUCAUACGAUCUUGGUUUUCAUCUAGUUUUGUAUUGAGUUGAGUCGAAUACAAGUUUAUUGGUGGGGUGGGGUCUCUUGUGUUACUCACUGAUAAGGUGAUGGUGAGGCCCCAUCAUUUACCAAAAUCUCAGCUUUUGUUUUGGGUUUCAGCCUCGGCCGCAUGGUAUCUGAAGUUUCUAGCCUUCCAGAUUCAGAGCAUUAGAGUAAGGUACAAAGCUCACAAUCAAGGUGAAUUUCAGUUUGGAUAAGAAACAGAUUUUGAAUCAGAAAAUUGGAAUCCCAGUGGUUAAGUAGAGAUUGAAAAACAUAUUUCUUGACAUAUCUAUAUAUCUGCACAACUGGGGUUCUUACUGUUUCUGUGAGGAAAUGAAUUUGGCUUGAAUGUUUAUUGGGUGAUGAUCGUGGAAAAGUAGAAUUUGAGAUUGGAGAAUCAGGAUUCCAAAGACUAGGAAGUUGGGUUUUGUUUGAGAUCAACUCGUUUCCGUGAAAUUGGUGAUGGAGAGGCAGAGCAGUUUUCAGUCUGCAAGGAUGGAAAAACUACCUAGUUUCAGUGGGGCAAUCGAGCAGCAGUCAAGUUCUCGAGGGGUGAUGGAGAAACAGAAGAGUUUUCGUGGGUUUAUGGAGAAGCAGAAGAGUUUUCGGAUGGUUAUGGAGAAGCAGCUGAGCUUUAUUGGUGGUGAACGGAGGAGGAGCAAGGAGUCACCGGGUAAAAGAGGUGACUCUCAACUCCAUUUGGCGGCUCGAGCAGGGAAUUUAGUUAGAGUCAGAGAAAUUCUUCAGAACUGUAACAGCAAUGAGUCAAUUGGUUUAUUGUCAAAGACAAACCAGGAGGGAGAGACCCCCCUCUAUGCCUCAGCGGAGAAUGGGCAUGCUUUGGUUGUUGGGGAAAUGUUGAGGCAUAUGGACCUUCAAACUGCAUCAAUUGCCGCCAGAAAUGGCUACGAUCCAUUCCACAUUGCUGUAAGACAGGGCCAUCUUGAGGUGUUGAAAGAACUUCUGCACGUGUUCCCGAACUUGGCUAUGACAACAGAUUUAUCCAAUUCAACUGCCUUACACACGGCUGCUACUCAGGGGCAUAUUGAUAUUGUAAAUCUCCUUUUGGAAACUGACUCAAAUCUCGCCAAGAUUGCCCGCAAUAAUGGUAAGACUGUGCUUCAUUCAGCAGCAAGGAUGGGGCACUUGGAAGUAGUCAAGUCCCUACUAAGAAAGGAUCCAAGCGCUGCUUUUAGAACUGACCUGAAAGGUCAAACUGCGUUGCACAUGGCUGUAAAAGGGCACAAUGAGGAGAUUGUGCUGGAGUUGCUGAAACCUGACCCCUCAGUUUUGACUGUGGAAGAUAACAAGGGAAACAACGCAUUGCAUACUGCCACAAGGAAGGGCCAUAUUCAGAAUGUACGCCUUCUGUUGUCCAUUAAUAAAGAGGGUAGUAACAUCAAUGCAAGCAACAAGGCUGGAGAGAGCCCACUUGACAUUGCAGAAAAAUAUGGGAGUCCAGAACUUGUGGCUGUGUUAAAGGAAGCAGGGGCCACCAAUUCUAAAGACCAAGGAAAACCUGCAAAUCCAGCCAAGCAGCUGAAGCAGACCGUGAGUGACAUAAAGCACGAUGUCCAGUCCCAACUUCAACAGACCCGCCAAACUGGUGCCAGAGUCCAGAAUAUUGCAAAAAAGUUGAAAAAGCUCCACAUUAGUGGCCUCAACAAUGCUAUAAACUCUGCCACAGUUGUUGCCGUUCUGAUUGCCACUGUUGCUUUUGCAGCCAUCUUCACUAUUCCUGGCCAGUAUGUUGAGGACGAAACACCAGGGCUUACGCUUGGACAAGCACACAUAGCAAAUAAUGCUGCUUUCAUCAUCUUUUUUGUGUUUGACAGCCUGGCACUCUUCAUCUCCCUGGCUGUUGUUGUAGUCCAGACAUCUGUGGUUGUGAUUGAGCAGAAGGCAAAAAAGCAGCUUGUAUUUGUGAUCAACAAGCUCAUGUGGCUAGCUUGCCUCUUCAUUUCGAUCGCUUUUAUUUCUCUGACGUAUGUGGUGGUGGGCACGCACUCAAGGUGGCUUGCUGUGUACGCAACAGUUAUAGGCAGCACAAUCAUGCUUACUACCAUUGGCUCCAUGUGCUAUUGUGUCAUUUUACAUAGAAUGGAAGAGUGCAAAAUGAGGAACAUUCGGAGAGCUGAGAGUAAGUCUCGUUCAUUCUCUAUGUCUAUGGCAUCAGAACAUGAAGUUUUGAACAGCGAGUAUAAGCGGAUGUAUGCGCUUUAAGUUUCAUAUGGGAGAAUGAACACAGGGAUUGGGGGACCUAUGCUGUAUCUUAGCAUAUAGGACUAGGAGCUUAAAUACAUAUGCCACACCUGCUCCUGCUCCACUCAUCAGAUUCAAAUUUUAACGUAAUAACUGAUCUAAAGGCAUCUAUCUCUUAAGAUCAUCGGGUUGAGCAGGUAAAAGGAAAUCAUAUAUAUCUGCCUCAUUCCUCUUCUAUCAGCUCUUGGUAUAGCAAGGAAUGGCUUCUUUCAUCUGUCUGCUGUCUGGUGUUACUGGCUAUGCUAAUGGACUAGGGUAAGCAUCCAUGUUUUAUCGUUGGAGGGCUAUGAGGCAGUUGCAUAAAUUAAUCAUCAAGGCAUACUGAACUGAGUGAAUGUACCAUGCCAAGUUUACAACUACUGUUGUUCAAGUGUUUGAUUAGGAGUUUAUAAAUAAUCUGUAUUAUGUGCAAAGUAUUGUCAUACCAGUUGAAGUUUAAAUUAAUAAUGUCACCCUUUUUGGUCUCAGUCCUUGGUCGGAACUAAUCAGAAAUAAACGACGAAGCCUGAGAAAACAGAGGAUAAUGCAGAGAAAAGGUAGAUCACA